CGUUUCUCCAUUGACGUUCAGGCCUGUAUCGAAUCUUUUAUCGUAUCCAUACGUUUGUAGUAGUCGGAGUCCAGCUUUUCAAGGGCCGUGGAUCACACCGUAAUACUUUUUGUCAAGAUGGAAGAGUACUCGCGUGAGCCGUGCCCCAAUCGCAUUGUGGACGAUUGCGGCGGAGCCUUCGCCAUGGGCUUGAUUGGAAGUGGCUUCUUCCAGGCAGUCAAGGGUUUCCGGAACGCGCCCCAGGGCAUGGGGCGCCGCGUCAUGGGCGGCGUGGCAGCCAUGAAGUUGCGCUCGCCCGGGAUAGCGGCCAACUUUGCCGCCUGGGGCGGAGUCUUCAGCAUCGUGGACUGCACCUUGGUGAGCCUGCGCCAGAGGGAGGAUCCCUGGAACUCGAUCAUGAGCGGCGCCAUCACCGGCGGCAUCCUGGCCGGUCGCAGCGGAAAGGUUUCCAUGGCCUGCAGCGCCGUCGUCGGAGGCCUUCUCCUAACCAUCAUCGAGGGCGUUGGCAUCCUCUUCACGCGCAUCUCGGCGGACCAGUUCCGCAGCCCAGCGCCGCCCGGCAGUUCGACAGACCCCCAAGGCGGCCGGGAUGAGUUCACCUUCGGCGUCGCCAGCGCCAACAUAUCCACCUAAAUUACCGUUUAUUUUCUUGUCAGUAAAGUCAGCUUAAUUAUUGACUCCCGCA